AUGGAAAAAAUAAAAACAUUGUUUUUUUCUGUCAGAGAUUAUUUCAGAGAAAGCAAACCUGAAAUUGUUUAUUUAUUGGGAUGGACUUUUCCAGUUUUAAUAUCAAAUAUAUUAAAUCAGGUAGUAUAUUUAUUGGUUAAUAUGAUUUCAGUUGGUCAUAUUGGCGAAAAUGAAUUAGCUGCUGUUUCUUUAGGUAAUACAUUUACAUUUGCAACAAGUUCAUUUAUUAUAGGUUCGUUUAAUUCGAUGGACACAUUUAUUAGUCAAGGUUAUGGUGCAAAAAAUUAUAAAUUAAUUGGUGCAACACUUCAAAGAGGUCUUGUAGUUUCACUGGCAUUAAGUGUUUUUGUUACAAUAUUAUGGAUUGUUACAGAACCACUUUUACUUUUAUUACAUCAAGAUGAAGUUGUAGCAGAGUUGACCAAACAUUAUGUUUGGGGUAUGUUACCAGGUUUAUGGUUUAGCAAUGGGUUAACAGUAUUACAAAAAUAUUUACAAGGUCAAGGUAUUAUGUAUCCAUCAAUUAUUUGUGGUGUAGUUUUAAAUAUAGCGAAUGGUAUUUUUAAUUUUGUUUUAGUUCAUGGUGUAACAUCAAGUGGGGGCAUUGGCGUUGUAGGAUGUGGUUUAUCAACAUCAAUUUCGAAAUUCUUUGCAACAGCUUUGCUUUUACUUUGGAUAAAGAAGUUUGAACUCUACAAAGGAACAUGGUUUGGUUUUUCAUACAAUGAAUGCUUUGGUUGGGAUGGUUUAAGAGAGUAUCUUAAAUUAGCCAUACCUGCAGGUGCUCAAAUGGUUUUCGAAGGUUGUGCUUUUGAAAUCCUAACAGUUUUAGCUGGUUUGUUUGGUGCUAUCGAACUUGAUGGUCAUUCUAUUGCGAUGAAUUUCACUCUUCUUACUUUUAUGUUACCGUUCAGUGUCUCUAUUGCUUUAUCAGUUAGAAUUGGUCAAUUAUUAGGUCAGAAAAAUGCAGAGAUGGCAAAAAAAUCAACUAGAAUAGGAUAUUUUAUUACAAUGUCAUUUAUGGUUCUCAUUUCACUCUUCCAAUUUUCAUCUAGACAUUGGAUUGGCAGAAUUUACACCAAUAAACAAGAGGUUUUGGAUUUAGUAGCAAAGAUUCUCCCAAUUAGUGCAUUGUUCCAAUUCUUUGAUGGCUUCCAAACCACUUGUCAGGGUGUAAUUAGAGGCACAGGUAAGAAUAAGAUUGGUGCUAUUGUUAAUUUUGGUGCAUUUUAUAUCAUUGGUAUGCCAUUCAGUGUGGUAUUUGCAUUCGCUUUUCAUCUUCAGGUUUUAGGUCUUUGGUGGGGUCUUUGUAUUGGUUUAGCAUCAGCAGCUGUAGUUUUAGGUAUUGUUGUUGUUAGAAUCGAUUGGGAUAAUGAAGUUAAAGUUGCUUUAGCAAGAACUGCAACCUUUGAGGAUAUCAGUAAUGUGGAUGUAGAAAUGCAAAAUGGUGCCGAUAUUAAUAACGAAGAUGACGAAUUUGAAAGAUUCAAUAGAGAAAAAUCAGAAGGGUCACUUGGGGAAGCAAUUUUAAAUUCAAAAUUAAAUGGUUAUAGCGCAUUGGAUCAGAAUACUACCCAAGAGGAUGAUAACCAAGCACCAAUUCUUUCAAGAGAUUAUGUAAAAUUAAAUAAUUCAGAUUCGGAACAAGAUAUUUAUCAAAAUAUAAACUCACAAACAGUAAGCAUUAUGAAUAGUAGUAAUAGUGACAACGAAGAAGAUGGGGGAGGCUCUAAAAGCGAUGUUGGUAGCUCUGCUAUUUUAAAUUAA